GCGUACACCAACCGCUUUAUCAACAACAUUCAGUGUGAAUUUGUUGUAAAUUUUGCAAACGUAUGGUGGAAGGACAAAAGCGAACAAUAAAAACGCAAUUCCUAGUUCCUAUGUGGAAAGGAAUGCUCUGCUGGAAUUCUGUCCACAAUCUUCUGCGCCAGCACAUCGGGGACUCUCUGCCGUCAAAGUGAAGUGAAGCAAAAUACAUUCGAUCGAUCCUGCCAUCGACACCGAUUUCAUGCACUGACACAGUGUAAUUACGCCUUUUUUGUGAUUGAGUUUCACCGAGAGUGGUUCGAAAUACAAAACACGGGACACAGGAAUUGUGCACGGGUUCGGUACAACUGCACCAGGGAAGCAGCUGAAACAAAGAUCUCUUCGGUCGGUUGGCAGAUUUUGUUCUACCCCAUUGGAUGCGUAUCAAGUGAAACUGCUGGAAUCUAGGAAUAUUCAUCAUGUCGGCUGGACCGUAUAAUUAUUCGUAUAUCUUCAAGUACAUCAUCAUCGGCGAUAUGGGAGUUGGCAAAAGCUGCCUGUUGCAUCAGUUCACAGAGAAGAAGUUUAUGGCAAGCUGUCCGCAUACAAUUGGUGUUGAGUUCGGUACACGCAUCAUCGAGGUUGAUAAGCAGAAAAUUAAGCUGCAAAUAUGGGACACGGCUGGGCAGGAACGGUUCCGGGCGGUGACACGUUCGUACUAUCGUGGUGCUGCCGGUGCGCUGAUGGUUUACGAUAUCACGCGACGGUCAACCUAUAACCAUCUGUCCAGCUGGUUGACGGACACUCGCAAUCUAACGAAUCCCAGUACUGUGAUAUUUCUAAUCGGCAACAAAUCGGACCUAGAAAGCACCCGUGAGGUGACGUACGAAGAGGCAAAAAAUUUUGCCGACGAGCAUGGUCUGCUGUUUGCCGAAGCUAGUGCAAUGACCGGUCAAAACGUCGAAGAAGCAUUUCUAGAAACCGCGCGAAAGAUCUACCAAAGCAUCAAGGAUGGCCGGCUCGAUCUGAACUCGUCUGAAACGGGCGUACAGCAUAAGCCGGCUCAACCCGGCCGAACGACGCUCAGUAACGACGCGCAAACGAACAAGGAAAAUUGCUCCUGCUAAGGAAUCUUUACUGCUACUUUUUUCUGCCAGAGCACGGUCGAUUGUUAGAAGUGCAUGGUCCUGAAUGGAUAACCAUGAACGGCAACACCGAAUCGGAGGCUAGAAGCAUGCGAUCCAUUUCCCAUUUCCCCAGCGAAACUGUGAAACACCGUACCAGAGUGUGUGGAAGGCUCUUCCGUACGAAAGGGUUGAAAACCAUUGCGUUCAAACCUAGUUUGGAAGCACCGGUUAAAGGAAAAAGCACACCAGUUUCAGUAAAGUCAUCCGCGAUCUUGAUCGAAAGGUAUCAGUCCUGCAGGAGUGCAUGAAUCGGUGAUGGAUGAACAGAUCCUACGCUUUUUUGUUGAAAUUUCAUACCAUACAUACGCUACGCUAACAUUCGAAUUAGGAUAUCGUCUCUUUUUUCCUACACAGAAAACUUCCGCGCUUUUUGUUAAGUUAAUUUUGUUGUUAAUAGUUUUGAGCAGAGGAAAGUACUGACGAUCCAAACAUCGUUCCAAGCGUACGAACAACAGGUGGUACCUAGAAUGUUUGACGGUACGGAACCAAUUUUAAGUGAUCAAGAUAAAACAUACCCAAUUUAGUCGAUCGGUAAGAUGAUGUAUUUUAUUGUGGCAAAUAUAGUAAGAAAGGGAGUUAUAUUUAUGUUUUCCCGCUAUUA